AUGGACCCAGACAUGGUUCUCAGCAGCAACCUGGAUCUGGAUGUCACCAUGGCCCUAAGUGGCAGCACAGGCCACCCAGACUGCAUGUUCCUGGUGAGAGCUCAGUCCUCAGACACCAGCAUAGCCCCAGAACACUUGAGAAUUUCCGCCUGGGAUGUGAUGGAAACUAUGUGCUGCUUCCCAGGUCAACUUUUCGCUAACUUGGACAAGUUCUCAAGCCUGAAAGAACUGUCUGUGGGACUAGAUGGCAUUCCAGAUGUGCUUUUGAUCAUCCCUGGAGAUUUCCCAGACCUCCACCACAUGGAGAAGUUAUCCAUCCAAACUUCCACAGAGUCUGACCUCUCCAAACUGGUUAAAUUGAUCCAGAACUCUCCAAAUCUCCAAGUUUUCUACCUGAAAUGUGAUUUCUUUUCGAAUUGUGAGUCUCUCAUGACUGUGCUUGCUUCCUGCAAGAAACUCAGAGAGAUUGAGUUUUCUGGACGAUGCUUUGAAGCCAUGCCAUUUGUCACCAUUUUGCCAAAUUUUGUGGCUUUGAAGAUAUUGAAACUUGGGCGCCAACAGUUUCCAGAUAAGGAAACAUCAGAAGAGUUUGCCCAGGCUCUGGGUUCUCUCAGGAACCUGGAGGAACUGCUCCUUCCCACUGGGGACGGGAUUCACCACGUGGCCAAACUGAUUGUCCAGCAGUGUCUGCAGCUUCGGUGCCUCCGAGUUCUUGCCUUUAAGGAGACUUUGGAUGAUGACAGUGUGAUGGAAAUCGCCAAGGGAGCAACCAGCGGAGGUUUCCAGAAACUUGAGAACUUAGAUCUUUCAUUGAAUCACAAGAUUACAGAAGAAGGGUACAGACAUUUCUUUCAAUCCCUGGACAACCUGCCAAACUUGCAAAUGCUCAACAUUUCCAGGCAUCUCCCAGAAUCCAUCCAAGUUCAGGCCACCACUGUCAAGGCUCUGGGUCAGUGUGUGUCCCGACUGCCCAGCCUCACCAUUCUUCAGAUGUUCAGUUGGCUCCUGGAUGAAGAGGACAUGAAAGUGAUUAAUGCUGUGAAGGAGAGACACCCUCAGUCCAGACGCUUGACUGUCUUCUGGAAAUGGAUAGUGCCCUUCUCUCCUGUCAUUCAGAAGUGAAGGAUGCAGCCGAGGGCUACUGGCAGUUCUAAAUACCUAAUUGUACUUAGUUGGUUUUGCUCUUUGCGGGGGGACCAACACCCAGCUCCCAAAUAAGUCACACACAGGGGUUUAUUCUUAAUUAUACAUACCCCGCCUUGCCUUGGCUUGUUUCCUGCCAGCUUUACUUUUACUUUUUUUAAAAAGUUUUUUGUUUUUUCAUUUUUCUUACCAAGCACAGUUCCCACUCUCUCUCCUCCCCAAGCUCCCCCUACCUCACCCCACCCCUCCUCCCAUCCACUUCUCAGAGAGGGUAAAGCCUCUCAUGGACUGUCAACAACGUCUUUGCCAGCUUUUCUUAACUGUAAUUUAUCCCCAUCUACCUUUUGCCUCUGGACUUUUACCUUUCUUCUUACUUCUGUACAUCUUACUUUCACUCUUAUUCCGUGGCUGUCCGUGUGGUUGAGUGGCUGGUCCCUCACAUCUGCCUCUCUUGGAUCUCUCUUGCUCUUUCUUCCUUUCUCACAGAUUUCUCCUUCCUUUUAUUCUGUCUGGCUCCCAGCCCCACCUAGCCCUUUGCCUGCUCUCUAUUGGCCGUUCAGCGCAUUAUUAGUGCAUCAGGGGUUUUAGACAGGGAAGCAACACAGCUUCACAGAGUUAAACAAAUGCGACAAAAGCCAAGUUAACACACCUUAAGAAUAAUACCUAUAAUACCUAAUUUCCUAAUACAUUUCACCCUUGCUGAGUAUGGUGGUACACACCUGUGCUCUCAUCAUAUAGGAGACUGAGGUGGGAGAAUCAGGAGGUUCAGGGCAGCCUUGGUUACAUCGGAAGAUCCUGUCUCAAAACCAAAGGCACAACUAACCAUCAUAUUAAAGGACAUUCAUUAACUGUGUAGACUGAUGAUUAUUAAAGCCUGCAUGCCCAUCACUGAACGUAGAGCAGUGAUGAGCAGUCCUGGUAUGGUCCUAAAAGACUAGAGCCGCACUCAAUUUCAUACCAAGAACCCACCAUUGCCAAGGUCAACAGGAAGGGGUGGGGAAGGGAGCAUUGAUCUAUGUAAAAGCCACAAGGAAGGAGCAUUUGAUGGAGGUAAGAAAUGGCCAGUUUAAGGAUGACUGCGUCCCACCCAUGAUGAAGCAUGGGUCGAUUUUAGCACAGGAUGUAGACGACUCUUUCCAGAGAUGCUCUUUAGUCUUUGCAGGGCUUCUAUAUAUUCACCAGCCUUGGUGUGGCCAUGCUCGGCCAUACCAUCCCCCAUCCAUUGCCUAUGUGAGGAAGAAAUUGGGCUUAGAGAAAACUGCUUUUGUUCCAGAGGCUUUUGAGAGCUUUGCAUGUGAUGUAAUGACUUUAAGUCUUUCUUUCUUGUUCCUUUCUGGUUUUUUUUUUUUUUUUUUUUUUGAGACAAGGU